AUGAAAGAACGCACUUCACACCAAGAGAAUAAAAGAAAAAGAACCAAUCCAGAGGAUGAUCAUCAAUAUGAGAGUUGGCUUAACGGAAAUUUUGAUCAUUCCAUUCGCUCGGAAAUAAUUGAAACUUAUGAAUUAGAUGAGAACACUCUAGUGAUUAACCAUUUUGGAAUUUCGAGAGAGGAAAUAAUGAAAAGGUUAUUACAUCAACAAGUUGUCAAACCACUAAAGGUGAGGAAAAUUCAUUCCUCAGAAUUAUCUUCAGAGAAACAAGAAGAAAAAACUCAAGUGGAAGAAAUAUUAACAAAGUUGACUGACCUCAAUAGUGAUAUAUGGUUGGAAAUUUACGCAUUCAUUGGUGUUGAGAAUGUACUUGUGAAUGAAAUAUUCCUACUUAAUAAGGAAAUGAUGAGCAACCUAUAUUGGAAUCCUUCAUUUUGGUAUUCGAUUGUUGGAAGAAUGUGGAAUGGAAAUUUGAAUCAAUUACCAAUUCUAUAUGAUUAUGAAUUCGUGAGGAAGUAUUGCAUUUUCAAGUCGAAACGUUUCUUGGAGCAAUUACAAAAGCAAACUUACUAUACGAAAGGUCAAGUUUUUCAUAGUGUAAUUUCAGAUCUACAAUCAAUUCCAAUAUUUUCUUCAGAUAUGAAGGAUGUUUGUUUCGUUCAAAAAGUUCUCAAUGGAAACUUGAACUAUUUUCACGUAAGAACGGUCCGUGCAGAUUUCGUCGCCAGUAUUAAUGUAAUAUUUGAUAUUUUCCUAAAAGAAAAGCUUUCACACCUCAGUUUGCAUGUGAUACUUAAUGGAUCUUGCCAUGUUGAAUCGACACUUGUGGCAAUCUAUAAUGGUGAGCAAAUUCCAAUUAUCAAAAAAGCAAAAUGUGUAAAGAAGGGAAUUAAAGAAUUGGUAAGAGUGUUGGGGAUUGAUGAGAGCGAAAUAUUCUCACAUCUGGGUUUUGAAUCUCAUAGGUUUGAAAGAUUGAAAUUUGGAGCAUUGAUGCAAGAUGAGUAUUUCUUGUGGUUUUGUAAUUCUAUCCUUGAGUAUGUUCCUAUUCCAAUAGAGCAUGCUUAUGGAUUGGUUGAUUAUUCGAAUGAUCCAAACUAUGGUGUUGAUGAUGAGAGAAAUGAGAAAAUUGAGGAAUACUAUCAAUUGAAAAACUUUCUCUGUAUUCAAUAA